AUGCUUUUGAAGAUCAACCAAUUUUACCUGAUACGUCGAGGAUCAACUUUAUGCACAAAGCUCAAGGAAGCGUCAGGAGAAGCUACGACGUCGAAGGAAAAGGAAAAAUAUGUAGCCGGAUCUGAGAUCGAACGCGAUGCAAAUGGAGAGGCUUUUCGGGAAAUGUUCGUGAUGCCAAACCGAAAAUUGCGAGCUCAAAUACAGCUUGAGCAAUUGACAGGCCGUGGACAGGUUCAAAAACUAAGCCGCUUUGACAUUCAAGACCGACUGGCUGUGAGAACGUCUCGAUCUAAAGAAAUGAGCCCAGAACAAGACUGGACGAACGUUUGGCCUGCCCCUCGCAGUUUUAAUGCUUCGGUUGUCCCUCUUCCAGUUCGAAUGGGAUCACGGCCUCAUCCAGAAAGAAGAGCUCCGUUUAAAAAAUUUGGCAAUCUUGAACUGGUGAAGAUUCCAAAUUUUCUCCAUUUGACUCCUGCCGCCAUCGAAAAGCAAUGUUUGGCAAUCAAGCAAUUUUGUACAGAAUAUCCACCAGAGCUCAAAGGCAACAAGGAACUUCAGAAGGUUGUGCCAUUGAAGGUCUAUUACAACGACUACGUGCAUCAAGGGUCGUCACUUCGUGAUAUUCGGUCCCGUGUGACAACCACCACUUUGAAUGUUGCUGCUCUCAACUUGAGUUCUUUCGCCAGGGAUAAACUACAGCGACUAGCUGGAAGCAGAUUUGAUUCAUCGAAUGGAAUGUUAACGAUUUUGACUGACCGUUGCCAUACCCGUCAGCAAAAUGAUCAAUACGCCGCUUAUUUACUUACUGUUCUUUACCACGAAGCAAACAAAGUCGAAAAAUGGGAGGAAAUACGACAGAGAGAAGAUGAAUUGAGAAUAGAAUAUGAUGGAUCAACAACCCAACAAAAGAUUCUUUCACUGCUCGGCAAACCAGCCGCAGAUGAAAUUGGCUCGCAAGCGACACUUGCGGAAACGAAAGAAAUCAGAAAAGGACGACUCUUCAGUAAAUGGGACUCAAAAAAGUGUAUUCUUUGUAAUGGAACUCUUCGAAUUGAAAGACAUAUGGAAGAAGAUGAAAUGCUUUUGGUGGCUAAUUAUAAUGUCGAGAUUACGGUAACUCGUCGAGGAAAGGGACUACAUUUAUCGAAUCCAACAAACGACUUUCUUUUCAUCUUUGAUCAAAUUGAAACAUUGCAUUUAUGGGUAUCACGAUGUCUACAAUUUAAAGUCACUUCAACAUGCGAUCUAUCCGAUCAGCGUCUUGUCCUUUUACCAGAUUCAACAUUUUUGGCUCCAAAUUUACAAAAAAUAUAUCAUUUGAAUUUGAAAAGAAACUCUUUACAAUUUAAGACAUGUCACCAGGAUGAACUGGGACUUGAUGGCACAUGGUCGGCUCCUCAACUUGGAUGGAUCGAAGAUCUCUAUCGUUUCUCAGCUCUCAAUCAUCUUGAUUUAUCUUCUAAUCGAUUAUCAAUGUUCCCAUUGGCUGUCUUACAAUUGAAAUUGCUCACACGCCUUUUUCUUUCAGAUAAUCAAAUUGAUCGUAUUCCAGGAGAGAUAAGAUUGCUGAAUUUAUUAAUCGAAUUUGAUCUUGCCAAUAACUGGUUAAGUGAAUUACCUGAUCAACUUGGAGAUUGUACAGAGUUAGCCGUAUUGAAUCUAACACUAAAUCGAUUCAAAAAGAUACCAUCGAUUCUUUCCACAAAUCCAAAAGUGACUCAUUGGCAAUUGGCCGGGAAUUUUCUUGAUCAUUUGAUAGGUGUUGAGCUGAAACAAUGUAUAAAGCUAGAUCUACGGAGAAAUGCCUUUCAUGGAAAAUUAAUCAUUCCUUCAUCGGGUGAAACGUUGAGAUGGCUUGAUUUACGGGAUAACCAGCUGAAAUCCCUAUCGACAACAAAUUGCCUAAAUCUUCGAACUUUACAUUGUGAGAGAAAUCUAUUGAAAGAGCUCAGUGUGAAUGGGCAAAAUAUUUCCUAUCUAAACGCAUCGUUCAAUGCUCUUUCUUCGCUGAUCGUUUUACCGAUGCCAAUGAAUCUCGUCUUUUUCUCCGUCGCUUCCAAUCAAUUUUCCCAUUUACCCAACUGGAUCACCGAUUUACAAAAGAUCAAUCAUAUCGACGCACAUAAAAAUCAACUCAAAACUUUACCCGAAAGAAUUUUUCGCGUUCCAUCUUUGAGCACACUAAAUCUGCACUCCAAUCGACUCACCAAAUUGCCAGAACAAGUCGAAAAUUGUCAAAUUGAGAUUCUAAAUCUACAUCACAAUGCUCUAGAGAAUUUGCCUUCACUUUUAUUCAGAUCUAGUCAUCGCUUGCGUGAAGUGAAUGUGAGUGCGAAUGUGCUCACCGAAAUACCAUCUCCAAAUCCCGUUCCUGAUCUGAAUAGAGUUCAGAUUCUACAUGCAGCAAUGAAUGAAUUGGAUGAUCGCGUUGUGCAUACAAUCAUUGCAAUGCGCAGGCUACGAAUCCUCAAUCUCUCAAACAAUAAAAUCAAAUUUUUUAACGACAGCAAUUUAUGUUCUUUAACUUCUCUGGAGGAACUGAAUUUGUCGUCGAAUCGAUUAUCAUCGAUUUCUUCAUUGAUUCUAGCACUCCCGUCUUUACAAAUACUAAGAAUACACUCAAAUCAAAUAAAUAUUCUACCAGAUCUUUCCCAAUCAAAGACUUUAAAGAUUUUUGAUGCUUGUUCAAAUCGAGUCUCUCAAAUGCAGUCGACAAAUUGUCUAGCUGAAAACUUGCGCCAAGUCGAUCUAUCUUGUAAUCCCGAGCUUCCUGUGCACUUUUCUCAAAGGAGCAGUCGAAUUUAUUCUUUCGUUAAUAUUGCUGAAGCCGGGGGACACAAUGUACAUGUAGGCUUUAGUGAAUGCACUGGACAACGAAAUCGAUUAUCGGUAAGACAAAUCCUUCCCAAUACUCGUCAUGUCUCUCCAAUAUUGGCCAUCAUCGAUACUUCGGGAAAUGCUAGCUUGGCUGCUGAGCUAUCCGAACGCCUUUUUCGGAUGGCUGAAACAGAAGAAAUUGUUGACGAAAACACUCUACGAAAUUGGAUUCUCAACGCUCAUGAAUGGAUGGGAGAAAGUAUUCUCCUUGCAUCGAUUUGUGACAAUCAAGUGCUGUGUGCGAGUGUUGGAGGAAAUCGCGCUUGGAUUGUCGCUGAUGGAAAAAUUCAUCCUCUAAUAGCUCCGAUCCAAAUUGACUCGAAAACAUAUGAACAAUUGAGGAUGGCCAAUGCAAUAGUUGAUGAAGAGAAUUUGAUAUUUGGCGUUUGUCCCUAUGUUCGCCAGAUUGGAUUCAGCGCGUUUUUCCCGGCGAUACUCCCUCGAGCUACUGUGAGAACAGCUAAACUCAACUCUCGAGAAGACUUUUUAAUCCUUGGGUCAAGAGCUGUUGGAGGAUGCUUAUCUGAGCCUUUACUUCAAUAUAUCGUUGCUUCAACUUCAAAUCCGCAAGUAGCAGCAAAAAGAAUUCAAGAUGUCGUACAAUCGUUUAAUUGGACAGAUAAUGUGAGCGUCAUUGUGGCGCAAACCGGAAACCUCUUGAACAGAAAAACAAAGAAAAGUGUCAAUCCCUAUUCGAUUUCCGAACGAGAAGAAAUCUCUGAGUUAACGUUGCAAAAGAUCGAGGAAAGAAUUGAACAAAUUAGUCGAGUUAGAAAA